GCAUGUCGGACAGCAAUGAAAACUCUGGCGGACUGGCGAAGACAGCCUCCUCUCCCACUGCCCUCAAUCUAGUGACGAAGCGCUCCACGCUUCGACACAGCCAGCUGUCGGACAGUGGUGCCGAGAGUUGUGGCGACGGCGGCGACGAACAGGCGCGUCUCAUACGCUCGUCCUCCUCCCGUGCCCAUAAGUACAUUAUAAUACCGGCCACACCCACACCCGGAGCGACUGCCACGGUGACCUUCACCCUUGACGAUUGCGAUCCGGCGAUCCCGGCUCCCAUCUCGCCCACGCCCGCGACCCUGACCUGCACCACCACCACGACAAUGUCCGGGGAUACGGUGGCCGUGUCGCCGCUCAGCAUAGAUCUGCGCCGGAUCGGCAGCCACAGCAGCAGCAUGCGCUCAGUUGUUUCAGGUUACAUGCCUGCCCUGAUCGACAGCAGUGACAAUCUUGUGGGUGGCAGUGCGGUUGCCACUUCUGGGCUGCAUGCCCCCAAUCCGCUGUAUAUGCAACCGCAGGCCUCGCUGAGCGGCAGUUCCUAUCUAUUUCACGAUUUGCCCGCCCAACAGAUCUACUCGGAUGUGACAUCGGUCCGCUCACUUGCCUCCAUUGGCAUUGGAUCCACAGACGGACGGAAGUUGGUCAUACGCCGAGCGCCGACCACCGCCAACGAGCUGUUCGACAUGGUCAAUCCUCAGACACCGCCACCCGUAGUAGACCGCAUCAUAAUGCCCUACCGUCAGGACUACGAUGCCCAGUCAUCGAAACACUCGGAGCAAUCCACCUUCCGCUUCCAACGUGUUUUUCUAGUGCCUUCUUGCAUAAUAUUGUUCAUAUGCAGCAUUCCGCUGCUAUUUAUGGAGCUGUCUGUGGGCCAGUACACUGGCCGUGGACCCAUCGGCGCCCUGGGUCAACUAUGUCCUUUGUUCAAAGGAGCUGGACUCGCUAGUGUGAUCGUCUCGUUUCUCAUGUCCACAUACUAUAGCGUCAUCAUAGGUUAUUCAAUUUACUACUUCUUUACGUCAUUUAAAACGGAGAUGCCCUGGAUUGACUGCAACAACAGAUGGAAUACGCCGGACUGUUGGGUGCCGCAACGCAAGGAAAUCAAUGCCAGUGCACCGGACACAUCACGCACCCCCUCAGAGGAGUUCUUUGAAAAUAAGGUGCUACAGAUUAGCGGUGGCCUGGAAUAUCCGGGAAUGAUGCGAUGGGAGCUCUUCGCUUGUCUUAUUUGUGCCUGGCUGAUGGUUUACUUUGCCACAUGGAAGUCGAUCAAGUCUUCGGCCAAGGUGCGGUACUUUACGGCCACUUUUCCGUUUGUGCUCAUCAUCAUACUAAUGGUGCGAGCCGUGACGCUCGACGGGGCGGCCGAGGGUCUGCGCUUCUUCUUCCGACCAAAGUGGUCGGAGCUGAAGAACGCCAAUGUGUGGAUCAAUGCCGCCUCCCAGAACUUCAAUUCGCUGGGCAUUACCUUCGGAUCCAUGAUCUCCUUUGCCAGCUACAACAAGUACAACAACAACAUACUCCGCGACACGAUUGCGGUGAGUGCAGUGAAUAUGAUAACCAGCCUGCUGGUUGGCAUAUUCGCCUUCUCCACACUGGGAAACCUAGCACUGGAGCAGAACACCAAUGUGCGAGACGUCAUUGGCGAUGGGCCGGGCAUGAUAUUUGUGGUGUAUCCACAGGCCAUGGCCAAAAUGCCGUACGCUCAGCUGUGGGCGGUCAUGUUCUUCUUCAUGCUGCUCUGCCUGGGCCUGAACUCUCAGUUUGCCAUUGUCGAGGUGGUGGUCACGUCUAUACAGGAUGGCUUUCCGCGCUGGAUUAAAAGGCACCUGGGCUACCACGAGAUAGUUGUGCUUUUUGUCUGCGUUAUCUCGUGCCUCUUCGGUAUGCCGAACAUCAUACAGGGUGGGAUCUACUACUUUCAGCUGAUAGACCACUAUGCUGCCUCGGUGACGAUUAUGUUUCUAGCCUUCUGCCAAAUGAUCGCCAUAGCCUGGUUCUACGGCACCGGACGAUUGUCGAAGAAUGUUAAGCAGAUGACCGGAAAGGCUCCAUCAUUCUAUCUCAGAUCCUGUUGGCUUGUGCUGGGACCCUGCCUGCUCUUUGCCAUUUGGGUUCUGAGUCUCAUCAACUAUCGUGAGCCAACGUAUCAUAAUGGGAGAUAUACUUAUCCAGACUGGGCGUAUGGCAUUGGAUGGAUGUUCGCAUCUUUUUCACUGAUCUGCAUACCAGGGUAUGCGCUAAUCAACUUCCUGCGGACCGGCGGUGACAGCUUUUGGGAUCGCAUCAAGAACACGCUACGACCAAAUAUCUACGAGUGCAAGAUCUGUGGCGAACAUCACUGCGAACACGACUACCCAGAACAGGAACAGUACAUGCUGGCCCAGGAGCUGGCCACCGUGUACAGGCCCACAACCAGCCACCUACAUCAUUUGGGAGCAAAAUCCGGCUAUAAUGCUAUGCAGGCCUCGACCACGGGCCCCCAGGGGUCCCACUCGGAAUACAAAUAUCAGUCCAAGGCCCACGACGAGCCACCACCGAACACGACAGAUGAGCAAAAUGGCAAAUAGACUAGCGCUUGGCACGAAUAUCCUGUUCAACUAAAACCGAUUUCUGAGUAUUUUUAAUGAAUCAUUUUUCUGGCUUUCCAUGAUUAAAUCAAACUAAAUAAAUUAUCGACAUUGUCAUGAACAAUCGA